GGCAGCUUGUAUGUACAUAUUCUAACCAUUUUAACCUCUUACAUAGUGUUGUCUUGUCAAUUAUUAUAUGAGCAGAAACUUUAUUGUAAGAUAAAAUGACUAAAGAAGCUAUUGAAAUUAAUUGUACACUGCGACCAAUAAAUUGCGAAAUUAAUUUGUUAUCAAAAUCUGAUGGUUCUACAAUGUUUAUGCAAGGUGAUACCACAAUUAUCGCCGGUGUAAAUGGGCCUUUGGAAGCAAGAAGCCAAAAAAUGGCAUAUGACAGAGUUUCUAUUGAAGUUACAUACACACCUCUUAAAGGACCAGCGAAAGUGGAUGACAGAUUAAUUGAAACAUAUAUAAAAGAGACAUGUGAAUCGGCUAUAUUAGUUUCAUUUCAUCCCAAUACCAUGGUAUGCAUUAACCUACAAGAGAUGCAAGAUUCUGGUGGGUUACUAGCUUGUGCUAUUAAUGCGUCGUGUUUGGCACUAAUUAAUUCAGGACUUUCCAUGAGAUUUACCGUUGCAGCUAUUAGUUGCAUGAUAGAAAAAGAAACAGGGGAAAUAAUCAUGGAUCCUGACAGCUCACAAUUAAAAAAUGCAAGAGCAGAAUUUACAUAUACAUUUGACAGUAUUAACAAAGAUAUUGUAUGCUGUCAUAGCAUCGGCCAAUUUUCUCAAAACGAAUUCUUGGCUUGUAUGGAUAAGUGCAGACAAGUUAGUAAAUAUGUGUUUGAUUAUUAUAGGGAAGUAACAAAAAAGUAUACAAAUGUAAUAUAA